AUGGUUUAUCCAUGUUGUAUUAUGCAUCAGUACUUCAUUCCUUUUUAUGAUAGGUUGAAUAAUAUUCUGUCAUAGAUAUACCACAUUUUGUUUAUCCUUUUAUCAGUUGAUUGACUUUGGGUUGAUUCCACCUUUUGGCUAUUGUGAAUAGCAGUACUAUGAACCUUCAUGUAUUCAAGGUUUUGUGUGGACAUAUGAUUUCAUUUCUCUUUGGUAUGUACUGAGGAGUGCAAUGGCUGGGUCAUAUGGUAACUCUGGGUCAAAGGUUUAACCUUUGAAGAAUUUCCAGAUUGCUUUUCAAAGGGCUGUACUAUACAUUCUCAUCAACGAGUUUUGUAUGAGGGAUCCAAUUUUGCCACAUCCUCACUGACACUUGUUGUUACUCAUCUUUUUUAUUACUGCCAGUAAAAUGGCAGUAUUACAGUAAAAUGGCAUCUCAUCAUGGUCCUGAUUUUCAUUUCCCUAAUGAGUAAUGUUUCAUGCUUGAUGGCCGUUUCUCUCUCUUCUUUGGAAAAAUGUCUAUUCAAAUUCUUUGCCCAUUUUUUAAUUGGGUUGUCUUUUUAUUGUUGAGUUGUAAGAGUCCUUUAUAUAUUCUGGUUACUAGACCCUUAUCAGAUAAAUGUUUGCAAAUAUUUUCUCCUAGUCUGUGGGUUUAAAUUUCUUGAAGUGUCCUUUGAAGCACUGCUAAGCUACUUUUAACAAAUAUUAAAACAUCUUAAACUAAAUUAGGAAUAUGUAAAUGGCGUCUAAAUUAUACUUUUAAAUUUAAUAAGUAUUAUAAUUUUAUGAGGAAACCAUUGUAUGCAGACCACAUUUUGAGGCUUCAAACUAAGAGUCUUGAGUUCAUUGUGAGAUUCAUCAUAAUGAUAGCUAUCGCUUUUACAGCAUUUAUGUGCCGAGCACUGUUUGGGCAAUUGCAUGUAUCAUCUAAUUCUCACAAUAAUUCUAUGAGGUGGAGACUUAUCAUCAUCAUACUCAGUGUACAGAUGAAAAACGGAGGCAGGGGGAGGUUAAGUAAUUUGCCUGAAGCCAAAAAGUAGCAGAGGUGGGCUCCAGAUUCCGUUGUCUUAACUGCCAAAGUGGAAUUAAAUGAUUUCAAAGAAUGCCUAACUCCUCGCUUUGGGGAAAUAAUAGUUUUCAUGGCGUCGACACUCUGGACAUUUUUCCUCGCCGUACCAAGCCAGAAACUAGUACCACCCUUCCAGGCGUCUUCAACGCUCCCUUCCCCUCCCAAUGCGGUUUCAGGACCCUCUCUCCUCCCCAACGGUCAGAGGCUUUUAGUGUUUGGAAGUAACUGCGAAGUCCCUUGCGUCCCCCGGGUGGAUUGGUUCUAAAUUUCUGGCGGCCAAUGGGCGCCGAGGAGCAGCGGCUUCAGCCCGGUGAGACUGGAAGCUGAGCCGUGGGCGGAGCCAGCGGAGGGGCGGGAACGGUGCCCCGGCAGCUGUGCCAGCUGUGCCUCCUGUGUGCGGCGCCGGCGGCCCUGAGCGGAGCCAUGAGCUGGACCUGCCCGCGUUGCCAGCAGCCCGUGUUCUUCGGUGAGGCCCCGGCUGAGGAGGGGGAGAAGAUGGGGCGAGUGUGAACCGCCGGGUUCCGUGAGGACGCAGGAACUGGCGACGGUGUGGUCCCAGACCGUUUUCCACCUGUGGGGCGCUUGGCACUCGAGCGGGAUGGAGCUGGCCUCCCAGAGACACUCCCCAUCGUCUAUAGGAAGCAGGGCGGGAGGGGCUGAGGGGGAAAAGGAGGGCGCCCGCUGCUGCGCGUGGCUCCCCGCAGCCCGGUUCCUCCUGUCCCCAACAGCAGAGAAAGUGAGCUCCCUGGGCAAGAACUGGCACCGCUUCUGCCUGAAAUGUGAGCGCUGCCACAGCGUCCUGUCCCCAGGAGGGCACGCAGAGCACAAUGGGAGGCCGUAUUGCCACAAGCCAUGUUAUGGGACUCUCUUCGGACCCAGGGGGGUGAACAUUGGCGGUGUGGGCUCCUACCUCUACAACUCCCCCACACCCACCCCUGCCAGCACCACUCCUCUCAGCCCCAGCAGCUUCAGCCCCCCGAGGCCCAGGACUGGCCUCCCCCAGGGCAAGAAAACCGAGAAGGUGAUGUCUUUGGGCAGAAAUUGGCACCGACCCUGUCUGAGGUGCCAGCGCUGCCGGAAGACCCUGACUGCUGGGAGUCAUGCAGAGGUGUGAACAUUGGUGAUGUGGGCUGCUACAUCUAUGAUCCCGUGGAGAUAAAAUCCAAAUGAGAUGCUCACAGGAGAUGUCCCCCAACUCAGGCCUCCCACCCUCCCCUCCAUGGUCCAAUGAGAGCUACAGAAUUCUCCAGUCCCAUGGGGGUGGGGGAAGGUGGGGUUCUGGUGGCCUGGGCCUGGGUUCCAUCGUAGAGCAGGGAGUCUAGACUUUCUCGACUCCUCCCUUUCCCAUUUCUAUCUGGUCAGGGGACAUAGCCUACCCCAUUUUGAAGGGUGGCCUCCUGGCCUUCCCAAUCCCUUUCCCCAGCAAAUUCUCUAACUUCAAGGUACUCAUAAAACUUGUGUUUAUUCUGGCUUCUUCAAUAAAAUGUUGGCUUCCAUGCCUUCAACU